AAAAAGGGGAACAGAAGGCAGCUCCUCCGCGGAUGUACGGCAGCUUUCUACGAGCAUUUUCCGUCUGAAACAGCCUCCCGUUAACCGGCUGCCUCUCAACACUUCCUCCAUAUGAAACACGGGACCCGCGAGCUCCGCUGGAUUGGUCCAUCACAACAUCGGUUAUCGGUCUGCUACAUUUCUCACACGGCUAAGCUAGCUGUCGGAGGGCAGAAGCUACUCUCUCGGCGAAGAGGAGGGGAAGAAGGAGCCUCGUAAUUCUGACUCGUAGGCCCAGAUAACACGUUGAGGUACCAUUCGCCCCCCGCGAGGUUCCCAUCUGAUGGAGCAGUGGUUGUCAGGCUUUGUGAAGACGCACCAUGUUUCCCUGUCAUGUAACCCCCUGGCCCUCUGCUGAGCCCCCGGCCUCCUGCGGUAGUCAUGCACCCCCAGUGCAGCCCUCACAGCCCCUGCCUGAUCUGCUGUGCAGCUGUCCUGCUCCACCUUUGAACACCCACUCUGAGACGCCCUCCCCGGACCCAAUGGAGUCCCUCAUCGUGGUUACGGAGUAUGAACCCAGCAGACCGCCUGGAGAGGCCGGAGAGGAGGAGGUAGAAGAAAUGGACAGCUCCGAGACGCCCGAGCCAGCUUCCUCCACGGCGGCACCUUUCCGGACUCCAUCCUGCGACCUGCUGUCCCAUACAGUUGGUCGGCCAGAGGCUCUGCUUCCCGAAAGCCAAGAGCAAAGGGGAAGAUUAAACCUGUCAGACAGGAAGCUAUCUCUGCAGGAGCGCUCGCAAUCGGCAACAUCGCCCUGCAGCUCCCCUGGACUCAACGGGCGCUAUAUUUACCCAUCAUUACCGUACUCCCCCAUCACGUCGCCCCACUCCUCUCCACGCUUGCCCCGCCGGCCCACCGUGGAGUCCCACAGUGUUUCCAUCACAGACCUGCAGGACUGCGUUCAACUCAACCAGUACAAGCUGAAAGACGAGAUUGGAAAGGGCUCCUAUGGUGUUGUCAAGCUGGCCUACAACGAGGAUGACAACACGUACUAUGCGAUGAAGGUGCUGUCCAAGAGAAGGCUGAUGAGGCAGGCAGGUUUCCCACGGAGACCUCCUCCUCGUGGAGCCAGAGCGGCCCCCGAGGGUCCCGCUCAGCCUAAAGGACCACUGGAGAGAGUCUACCAAGAGAUAGCGAUCCUUAAAAAGCUGGACCAUCCUAAUGUAGUCAAACUGGUGGAGGUUUUGGACGACCCCAGCGAGGACCAUCUGUACAUGGUGUUUGAGCUGGUGAAGCAGGGAGCUGUGAUGGAAGUGCCGACAGAUAAACCUUUCAGCGAGGACCAGGCGCGUUUUUACUUCCAGGAUCUGCUCAGGGGAAUCGAGUACCUACAUUAUCAGAGGAUCAUCCACAGAGACGUCAAACCCUCCAACCUGCUGGUGGGAGAAGACGGACACAUCAAGAUCGCGGACUUCGGCGUCAGCAACCAGUUUGAAGGAGCUGACGCCCUCCUGACCAGCACGGUGGGAACACCUGCUUUUCUUGCCCCUGAAGCGCUCUCCGAGACCAGAAAGAACUUCUCUGGAAAGGCUUUGGAUGUUUGGGCGAUGGGAGUGACGCUUUAUUGCUUCGUCUUUGGAGUGUGUCCGUUUAUGGAUGAGCGCAUUCUCAGUCUUCAUCAAAAAAUCAAGACUCAGCCUGUGGUGUUACCUGAACACGCUGACAUAUCAGACGAUCUCAAAGACUUGUUGUUGAAAAUGCUCGACAAGAACCCAGAGACCAGGAUAUCGAUCCCACAGAUUAAGGUGCACCCGUGGGUGACGAGGCAUGGUGCCGAGCCUCUCCCUCCAGAGGACGACAACUGCUGUAUGCUGAUUGAGGUGACCGAGGAGGAAGUGGAGAAUUCUGUUAAACACAUCCCGAGCCUGGCGACAGUGAUCCUGGUGAGAACCAUGUUGAGGAAGCGCUCCUUUGGGAACCCCUUCGACUGGGGCCGGAAAGAGGAGCGCAGCAGUUUGUGCGCUCCGGGCCAAACGCUCACGAAAGGCAGAGCAGGCAAUGUGAGGUACUGCUACAUUCACUGUAACCAGAAAAGGAAACAGGAGAGCGGUGACGGCGUGAGGAGUAUGGAGCUGCCCUACGUGGGAGAGGAUGAAGCUCUUUCCUGAUGCAGAGGGUUCAUUAUGCACGCCGGUCUCCGCCUGCCUGCAGCCACACAGCACGACACCCCUUUACUCACCGUUUUCUACUGGCAGCCUACACGUUUCCGGACGAGUGUGACGGACGCUUAAAAAAAAACACAAGGAAGGAUUUACUGAUUUAAGGCACUUUGACAACCAUUUCCUUUUGUUCUGCUUCGUUUGGGGCUUGUGGGACCCUUCCAGGAGAGAAUCCUCCUGCACCUUGAACCCUCCUCCUCCUCUUCCUCCUCCUCCUCCUCCUCUUAUCCUGCAUGCGUUUAUAGUCCCAGCAUGCUUCGUCUCAGGCUUCUACUGUACAGGUUUAAUCAUAGUUUAGCCGCUCGUGUUUCUCCUCGUCUUUACUCGACGAUACUUUCAGGUACGCGGGAACAAGACGCGGUGGCGGUUUACGGGGGGAGGGGGGCUGGUUGUCUUCGCCAUCGACGCUCUGUCUUUGAGCAGAGCGGGUUUCUUGACAACGAUUGUCUGGUCCGCGCUGCUCCGGAGCGGCGGCGCCCAGUUUUGUAACAUAUUUUGGAGUUGAAGCAUCUGUACAGGGGAGUGAGAAAAAUGUUUACUUCAUUGAAUGCAUGCGUUUACUUUUCCCAAUGCAAACACUGUAUAAGCUAUUUAUGAACGUUACGGACGCGCUUACAGACAUCCCUGGUUGACGCUUUUAUUUAUUUAUUUUGGUCAUUUACUACAAUCGAUAGAGAGCUUUAAAACAGUUGUGCAAUGUGAACAAUCACUUUACUCAUUACUGCAGCGACACGGCAUAGAAAAACUUCUAGUGAAUCCUUUUUAAGUGAACGCGUUUAUGAUUUUUAGCUGUUCGGUAUCAUGUUUUUAAACUCAUGGAGAUAGAUUGAGUAUUAAAGCUACUGGUCGACCUGAAGGUGUUGGUGCAAAAUAACUCUGCAGGUUAUUGUUCUGCUUUUGUUGUUUCACAACUGUGUCACGUUUUAGUUUCACUUCUCAUAACGGAUGUCUGCGUGGAGGCUAAAAAUUAUUUGAACCUCAAGUUAAAAUCCUGAAUGUUUGUUUUAUGUUUUGAAUUGUAUUAUUUUUUAGAAAAACGCACAUUUUAGGACACCAAAAACUUUUAAUUGUUUAUCCAACUAUUAGGACUGGCUACUGAGUUGAGGUCGGGAUGGAAGCAGAGUGCAGAUGCAGACUUUUUUUGUAUAAAUCUAUGCAUGACAUAUCUGUAGAGGUGUUUUAACUUUGCUCGGAGACGGAGGCCACUCUUUCUACUUUUAAAAUACUUUUAGUUCGUCGAUGUGCUUCAUUUCAGAUCCCAGAGCCGUAACCUUUUCUUCUUUUUCUUUGCCCUUCAUUCGUUUUCCCACCGUCGGCGUUGGUGUCAGUAUAGAUAACCUGAUGUGUCUCUAGAGUACCCACACGAUAUCGAUUCUAACGUUUAAUGCUUCCACUCACUAAUUAUUUCAGCACUCGCGUGUUGAAUGUACGAGAAAGGGACUGGAAUUUCUUUUUGUACUUACUGUUUGCAUGUCACUCUGAACUGUACCUACUGUAUGUCUGUUUUUAAGACUAUGCACACGUCUUUAUGGUGCAACGGUUCGCCCUGUCCGACGGUCACGCGCACACUCGGAUGCAGAGGGCUCUGUGUGGUUGAUUGAUGCUAAUUUAUUUUGUUGUUUCAUUUCCUGCAAGAUCUAAUUAAGUCGUGCGUCUUCGCUGUCACGCAGAGGAGGGCGCUCUGGUUUUUAGUUUUCCAUUUUUUAAGUGUAGUUCCAGUGACGAUAGCCGACAGUUUAUUAAGAUCCACGAGUUUUUUUUGUUUUGUGUCGUGAAACGUCGUCGCACACGUUAGCAUUUAACCGGGACGCGUACAUUCCCUUCGGUGUGAGUAUUUUGCCCUCCUUGACCAACAAGAAUGAAUGACGGAGCAAACCACAAAAACAACAACAUGAUAAAUAUUUUCUACGUAUUAAAACUUGGUAGUUUGUUUCAACACACCUGCCCGUUGUUGUGAACGCGGCCGGGCUCAGUGAUUAACCUUUACUUGGUUUUGCAUUCUGUAGGGUCACUCAUGUUCUUCAGAGCUGUGGGGGCUCUUUUCUCCCCUCGAUGCAUGCCAACAUACUGACCACUGUAUCGUCAUAGCAUGAGAGGCUCCUGAACACAAAGCGGGACCUCUGGAUUAGUUAUUCUCUACAUACUGUACCUUGUUCAUCAAUUUGAAUAAAAUAUUAUUGCCUUUCUGUAA